GAAUGUCUCAGUUUUGUGGGGAUUACUGGGGGUUGGGGGGAAUGGACAGGGAACUGUGUCUGAACUGACCCAGAAUAAGAUCUUAGGGUUGUAGUGGAUAAGUUUGUCUGACUGCAGAGAGGUUUAGUUUUGUGCAUCUACUUCUGUUGCUCCACUUCUGCGCUGGUCCAGAGUUAGCAUAAAACUGUCCAUACUGAGUCACUGCUGUGCUGUGAUGAUCUAUGUGGUGGCUGUAACUCUGUGGGGAAGAUUUGUGGGCCAGGUGUUGGGGGCAGGGUCCUCAAGCUGUCUGGAUGGUAUGCACUCUGACCUGGAAAUGCUCCCCCACUCUUGUCCUAGAUGUCUAAACGUAUACUCUGCACAUGGGCAGGGGCAGCCUCUCCUUAAUUGCAACUUCAGCCAGCUUAACUGCUGGCUCAAAUUUAAGCCCUUUGGAUGUGCUCAGCACAAAAUCUCCAUGCGGGCAUCCAAGUGACAAUAAAAAGGAAGGGUUCAUUAUCAAUAUUAAUUCAUAAAUAAUACUUCAUGCCAGUACUGAAAGAGGCAAGUCCCACAGCUGUGAUUACUGUAUUAGGGAAAGGGCUAGAAGUAAGACUGAUUGCACUGCAAUGCCUUUACAGAAAUCCAUGGUGCAGCCACACGGGGAACAAAAAAGGGAUAAUGCAGAGCUAGGAAAGGUGCAGAAAACAAGGGCAACAAAAAUUAUCAGGGAGCUGGACAGCAACUGCGCUAGGAGGAAAUGUUACAACAUUUGAGGCUUUUUAGUUUGAAAAAAGAGAUGGUUAAGAGAAAGGUGAGCUGAGGUUUUUAAAAACUGUGACUCAUGUGCAGUAGAAAGUUGGUGGAGCGGAAUUUGCCUUUUUCACAUUAAAACCUGGGAUGAUCCAGUAAAAUUUAUUAGCAGUAGAUUCAGGACUAAAGAAAAACACACCUUUACACAAAUGCAGAAUUAACAGGUUGCACCUAAUGCUAGUCAAAGAGACUGUGUUAGCCUGUUGCAGCAAAACCAACAAGUACUGUGGCACCUUAAGAGACCCAACAAAUUUAUGACAGCAAAGGUUUUCACAACCUCCGGUCCAUGAAAGUUAAUGCAAUCAUAAAUUUGUUAGUCUUUAAUGUGCCACAAUACUCUGUUGUUGUUUCUGAAUUCGUACUAGCCGCUUGCCACAGAAAGACUAUCCAAGCCACUUGCAAAAACUUGAAGAGCAUAACAUACAUUAACCAUAAAAUAAAAAAGAACAAUGCGUUACAGUGCAAUUAGAGCCUAUAAAAUAGACCAAUAAAACAGGAGCAAAACGCAUACCAUAAAUAGACAGCAAAAUCUUCAUAACCCAUCAAAUGCCUGGGAGAAGGGAGAAGUUUUUACCUGAUUGUGUAAGGAUGUGAAUGAUUGCAGGGAGACCUCCAGAGGGGCAGGGGGAGGCAUAACUGAAAAGGCCCCCUCUCAAGUGACAUGUGCUCAGACUAUUAAUGUUGGCAGCACAUAUUAUAUAGCUUUUCAAAGAAUACCCAAAGGGCUUUACACGCAUUGCCGGGUUGCAUUUAACCCUUGCAACAACCCUGAAAAGUAGGCCUGCAUUCUUAUCCUCAUAUUGCAGACUGGUGGUGGUGGGAGGCUGAGAGGGGCUUUGCUAAGGCCGCCUAGGAAGUUCAUGGCCCAGACGUGUUUUGAAGGAGGGGCUUCCUGGUUCAAAGCCCAAAUCUCUUAGGUCUGGUUUGGGAUGAAGCAAAAGAAGAAGUGGGCUUUCAGGAGAACUGACCAGGGAAGAGGCAAUUGGAGGUUUUAAACCAAUGGGUCUUUGCAGGUUCCCCACCCCCAGGCUUGGAAGUCCACAGUCAUGGAGUUUCCAGUGAUCAGAUGGGAUCAGCAAUCCGGCGUUUUAAGACAAAGGCGGUUGCUUCAGCCUUCCGAUAACGGAUACUGACAGGGCAUGAAGAAGGCACCCCCAACUAGGCAGUUCAACUGUGCAGAAGCAAGAGUGACCUUUUCUACAGGCUGGCACGAGUCACAAAGCACCAUGGAGCAGCAGGCCCCCAACAUCCCACACACCUGUGUGGCAGCUGUAGUCAUCGUCUGCACCAUGGGGGCGAUGGAUGUCUACCUGGUGGAGCAGAGCACAGGGGCCCGGCGCCUGGGAGUCGGCGCCCUUGCCCUGGCUGGGGACCUCUUCUUUUUGCUUGUGCUGCGCUACGCAACCAUGUGGGUAGGCAGCGAGGUGAGGCCGGCCCAGCGAGGCUACGCCAUGGUGCUGUGGUUUCUCUUUGCCUUCGCGCUGGAGAUCAAGCUCUACUUCGUCUACCAGCACUAUGCAACCGAGGGGCGGGCGCCUGACCCGCUGGCCCGGCGCACCCUGACCCUCCUGCUCUCCAUCUGCAUCCCUGCCCUUUACACGGUCCUUGGAGCCACUGAGCUGGUGGCCCAGGCCUCCGCCAGCUUCCGGAAGAAAGACGAACUGCGUGGGCGCCUCUUUUGGGUGGUGUUGGACCUGCUGGAUGUGCUGGAGAUCCAGGCCAGCUUGUGGGAGCCGCAGCGGCGGGUGCUCCCCCUGUGGGCUGAGGGCCUGACCUUCUUCUACUGCUAUGGCCUCCUGCUGAUUCUCCCUUGCGUCUCGCUAAAUGAGCUGGGGGUGCAGGGCCCUCGCCCUGGCGCGCUCUACCCACUCCUGAGUCUGGCCAGCGUCAAUGUGGCCACCAUCUUCAUCCGUGGAGGGCUGUUGCUCCUCUGCCAUGACCAGCGCAUCUCCUCCAUCUUCAUGGGGAAGAACUUCUUGGCCAUUGCGCUAAAGUGCUGCGCUGCCCUCCAGCACCACAGAAGCACUCGGGGCAGAAGGGAAACAGGCCACAGCCACAUCCGAGGCAGCCGGGGCCUUGGACAUACUCAGCCAAUGGAUGAGCAGCUCCGUAGAAACACAGAUGAAACACACCUUGGGCACCUGACACCUGACAGGGUUUGCAAGUGUGCUCAGGCCACGGCUGGCAUGCCCUACAGACACAGUCCAGGUGAACCACCACAAGCGAUGGCUGAAGUCUCCUACAGACAGCCGCAGGCUACAGAAGAACAGUUCCACUGCUGCGUCCAAACCACCAGCCACCAGCUCCACAGACAUUGCCACCUUAAAAGCCAAGGGUCAGAACACUGCAGGCACACUACUCAACUUUCCCCAAGAGCGCCACCAGCCGCCACUGGUCCCUCCACUUCCAGAGGACUCAGAACAGGUCAGCACAUACAGCUCAAGUCUGUCUGGGGCGGACUGUGAGACACCUUUUCUGUGAUGCUGUCUGGCAAACAGCCUCACUUUUCUCUUGGGUGCCCUCACUGGGAACAGAGGGCCAAAAGGGUGUAUCAGCAGGGGUGUAACAACAGAACCUUCAUAGGGGAAGGCUGCCUCUACACCGGUCAUUUGCUGUGAGAAAGCCACACUUCAUUGACAUACUUUUUGCAGGGCAUCUACACAAUCAAAACAACCUCAUCUCAUGUUUUCCCUAUUCAACUUCCUCCCCUCCACCCCAGCUCAGAAAAUUCCAUUUAAACAUAAAAAUGGACGCUACACACUAUUUUCUCAGGUGUAGAUGACCCAGCUGUUGCAGCCUAGACAGGUCAAUAAUGCCCUGUACAGAUUGUGCUCUAGAAAUGUCCUUCUCUAUGGUCUGCCUCUCCUGUCUGAAUCACUGCCGUCACUUUAGCUCCUCCCUCUCCAAAUAUUGUUGCCUUUGUAUCAUUCCCCACUCCCCUCCUUUGCAGCAGGAGAGUGCAGCUAAUGGUGGGGUGGGAAUACUUAACCUCCCCCCGACCCAAUACACACACCAUGGCCCCAAUAAAAAUGGCCUCCUCCAUAAUAUAUGGGACUGGGAUACAAGGACUGCUUGCUUGGACUACAGUAUUUUGUUUGGAUUCCAGAAGUCUGGAAUUAGGUACUGUUCAGGUUCUGGGUUAAAGCAGAAUGGCAAUGAUCAGCUGCUGCUAAAUCAUCCACAUCUGGAAGCACCUUCAGUCACCUGAGCAUAAUGGGCACAGAAGAACUAGGAUCUGCUCUUAUGUCUUGGGUUCCUAAUUUUGUUACAGUAAUUGAUCUGCACCCCAUAAGCUCAGAAACAGCAGAGUUAAGUUUUGUCACACGUGUCCUUAGAAAUCAAAUCUCGCAACAUGUGCUUCUUCAAACUACAAAGGAGGUCUGGGAGACACAAUCCUGCCGCCGAGGGAGUGGGAAAGUUUUUUCGCUCUUGCAGCCAGCUUCAUUUCUAUCUUCUAUUCUCAAAAUUGCCAAAACAGUUUCUUAAAGGAAAUCACCACUUCCAUGUCCCUUAUCCUAAGAAAAGGAGCUUAGCAAAAUGACUAACCAAACUACGUGGCUGUGAUUCACUCUAUUUUGCUUACGAUUGGAUAAGGAUUGUAUCUGAGUUGGGGGUUCAGCUCCAGAACGUGAAGCAAUAAAGAAGAGAGUGCCUCUAA